UUUCAACGGUUACUUCAAACUCUACGUUCUAAAACAUUUGCUACAUCCGUGCGUUCACUUCAAAAUAUCGUUUCAAUCCUCACUUCUUUAUCUGCUCUGCUUUUAGUACUGGCGGCAAAUGAAUUCAAACUGUAAGCGCGCACGUGCACCCUCGUUCAUUCCAUCCACCAUAGCCAAAAAGCAUUCUCUCCAUUUUCUACCGCUUCUAUCGCAUUGCAUUGCAUUCAACGACAUACAGCGACACUGACUACCAUCAAGCAGUGAACUCCGAUGAUUUUGCCGGCAACAACAAUUCGCACGGUUUUGUUUUUGUUGUUCUCUGCCUCAAUAGGUCUGGAAGGCACCUUUAUUGCAGCUACUGCUAUCAGCGAACACGGUGAUUCCAGUGUCAUUGGCGGAGAGAGCUUACACAAUCACUUCUAUCGACGAGCGGAACAACAGUGCAUCGCCAAAUCAUUGCCAAUUCUCACUUGCAGACCACCGAACUCCGCCAGCAGCAUGUCUUCCGAUUCAGCAGCAGAAAAAUACCAACCGGGAACGCACUCGAUUGCGUACGUGACCACCCCGAAUGCCAACUCGGCCAAGGAGUUGGCACGGAAGCUGAUCGAGCACAAGCUGGCCGCCUGUGUGAACAUCAUACCCGGUCUGACGUCUAUCUACCAGUGGGAGGGCAAAAUGAACGAGGAUCAGGAAAUUCUGCUGAUGAUCAAGACGCGCACGUCGCGGGUGGACGAACUGAGCAAGUUUGUGCGGGAAAACCAUCCGUACAGUGUGGCCGAGGUGAUUACGGUGCCGAUCGAGAAUGGGAACCCACCGUAUUUGGACUGGCUGAGCAAGACCGUGUCGGCGGAGGGUGCGAAGAAGUAGGGCGUGAAAGGAACGAGGCGAACGGAUUCUCGAGGUUGAUAGAUAUUAUUAAAUGUGUGUUAAUUUUGUGCAUGUGUGGUUUGAAUUAGGAUAUGUAAAUAUAUGAUUAAAUGAUGCAUUUAAAAAGUGA